AGAACCGGAAGGACUUUUAAACUAACUGGGAAUGGAAGGGCCGGAAGGAACCUUAGAACAGGGGGUUGGGAGAGCCAAAAGGCAGAUGAAGACGGAGGCUGGAGGAACCGGAAGGCAACUAAACAGGGAAUGGGAGGGCCGGAAGAUGCCUUAGAGCAUGGAGGGUCAGAGCUGGAGCAGACUUCCAGUCCUAGCGCCCUAGAUGUGGAGCUAGAAGGGAUCUCCAAGGCCAUCUGGUCCAGUCUUUUCGUUUUAUAGAGGAGGGAACCUCAGAAGAGGUAUAGACUCCAAGUGCUAUUCACCUACUGUGGCUGGAUCUGGACAUGGUAGAGGGGAAAGAAAAGGCUGAGAUGCCCUGAAUGCCCCAUUGUGAGAGGAUGCAGCUUGGGGAGCCGUCCCAGAGAGAGGUGCUGAGGUUUGCAGUGCUCUGCCGCUCCUGGACGUUGGUCCUCCAGGCUCUGUUCAACGCUGUCAUCCCGGAUCAUGCUGCAGAUGCCUUCUCACCGCCCUGCCUGGCCCCAGCUGGCCUUGGGGACCAGCUCGUGGAAUGGCUCCUGGGGGGCUUGUCCCGCUGGGAUGCAGAACACUUCCUCUUCAUCGCAGAGCACGGCUACGUCUAUGAGCACAACUUCGCUUUCUUCCCAGGCUUCCCCCUGGUCCUGCGUGCCGGGGCUGAGCUGCUGCUGUGGCCACUGCAGGGGCUGCUCACCUUCCGCAGUCGCCUGUUGUUGAUGGCUGCCCUGCUCAAUAGCCUGUGCUCGGUGCUGGCGGCCUUGGCCCUCUACCAGCUGGGCUGCCUGGUGCUGCGCUGCCGCCGCCUGGCCUUCCUCUCCGCUCUGCUCUUCUGUCUCAGCCCCGCCACUGUCUUCCUGGCAUCAGGCUACUCUGAGAGCCUCUUUGCCCUCCUGGUCUUUAGUGCCAUGAGCCAGCUGGAGAGGGGCCGCAGUGGCCGGAGCACACUCCUCUUUGCCCUCGCCACUGGCGUGCGUUCCAAUGGGAUCAUCAAUGCCGGCUUCCUUUUCCAUGCCCAGUGCCAAGACUUCUUAUCUUCUCCCUCCCUGGGGGGCCUUUGUGGGACCCUGUGGAGGCUCCUGAAGCUGGUGGCCUUUCUGCUGCUGAUAGCCCUUGUGGUUAGUCUUCCCUUUGCCCUGAUCCAGCUCUAUGCCUACAGCCAGUUCUGCCAGCCCCACUUGCCUCACCUCAUCCCACAGCCCUUUGUACAGCUAGCCAAGGACAAGGGCUACCGGGUCCCAGCCGGUGACCAGCCCAGCUGGUGUGCCUGGCGCCUGCCCCUCGUAUACAGCUAUAUCCAGGAUGUCUACUGGAAUGUGGGCUUCUUAAGGUACUUUGAGCUCCGGCAGGUGCCCAACUUCCUCCUGGCAGGGCCAGUGGCGGUGCUGGGGGCCUGGGCAGCCUGGACCUAUGUGACUGCCAACCUCCAGCACUGCCUCACACUUGGGCUUCUAAGGGACAAGGGCAGGGAUGACGAGAAGUCAGGGAAGCCUCUCCCUGGAUUCCACAGCCCGAAGGUGUUUGUGUAUGUGACUCACUCUACGGCCCUGCUGCUUUUUGGAGCCCUGUGUAUGCACGUGCAGGUUCUCACCAGGUUCUUGGGCUCCUCCACUCCCAUUGUGUACUGGUUUCCAGCUCACCUGCUUCAGGACUGGGAGCCCCUGUUGUGGACUCAAGAAGCUGUGCCUGGAAAAGUCCCUGUUGUGUGCUCCCUGUUGGGACAAGGGACCCCAAAGAAUCCAAUUUGGAGACUUCUGUGCAAAUGGAGAGCUUGCUCUGGAAUCACACGGGCCAUUCUAAGCUAUUUCCUCUCUUACUGGUUCCUGGGACUGCUCCUACACUGUAAUUUCCUGCCUUGGACAUGACCCAGAGCCCUAGAGGACAGCCAGGCUAGGCUACAGACUUUCCCAAGGGACCUGAAACUAGCAAAUUGAGUCCUGGGCCUGUCUGAGGUAGAAGUCCUCAUCUACAAUGCUUUCAAACAAAUUGGUUGUGAUUUCCAAGGAAAUGUUGGCCUUUGGAGAGUCCAAGUGGUAGGGGCACUUAGGCCAAGGUUUUCUUCCAGGUCUGACAUGAACCUGGGUCUGUCUGCUCAACUCAGCCUUAGAAAGCUCAUUAAACCUCCCACCUGUCCACUUGAAGCUACUUAAUAGAAUCUCAGAAUCGAAAGGGAAGCCAGGCCUACUUUGCCCAAAUCACCUUCCCCUCCACACUUUCUGUUCUCCACUUAAAGACCUCCAGUGACUUGAUUACUAGCACCCCUUCCUAGCCAUUCAAACCCCUCUAUACUCUCCUAUUCAGGACUAACUGAAUAAACCCUCCCCCCAUCUUUGUAGCAUCUGUCUUCUCUUGGCUCCCUUUGUUCUUGGUGGGGAGGGCAGUGUGACCUCACUGGGAGGAUGGAAACCAGUGGAGAUUUUCCCAAGUGGAGAGGCACUGCCGGAGGACCCCCUGGCUGAGGAAUGCUGGGACUCAUCUAUGGUGUAGCAGGGAGCAGCAUUGUCUGGCCAAGGUCACCUCUAACCUUGACCUAUUGCAACUGGAAAUCCAGUGUAAGAACACCCCCAUGACUUUCAAAGAAGAGAGCCAGAUUAAAAAUGGAGUCUUCAUUCUUUUUUUUUAUUAAUAGUAUUUUAUUUUUUCCAGUUACAUGUAAAGAUAGUUUUCAGCAUUCACUUUUAUAAGAUUUUGAGUUCCAAAUUUAUUCUCCCUCCCUUUCCCCUCCCUAAGACAGCAAGCAUUGGAGUCUUCAUUCUCUCAGUGGUACCAAGUAGGCUGGUUUGUCACCGCCCUGCUUCUUAAUUUUGGCCAAAUCACUUCCCCUUGCCAAGACUCAGUUUCCUUUUUUGUAAAAUAAGGGAUUUGGACUAAAUACUAUCUAAAGCCCCUUCCAGCUUUAAAUCUGAUUAUCUUAUGACUGAGAGAUCCUUUUGCUGCUCUAGUAGGAUCUGGAAACUAUAUGGAAAUUUAGAAGGAGUUCAAGAACAGCUGUCUGAGGAAAGAACCUCUGGAAUGGGCAGAAAUGGACAGAGAACAUAUCAAGAGAAAUGUUUGAAGAAAAAUUUCCAGAAAUAUGCAGAUUCUUACAUGAGUUGGGGAGAAGAUACAUGCCAUGGGGCCAUAACAGCCCCUAAUACUACAGUCUAGAGAAGCUGGACUAGGUGGGAAAUUAGAUGUCCCAGCAGCUGAAGCAAAAUGAAGCCCAAGAGGAAAUGGAGAGCAGCCAUCAAAUGAGGGGGAGGAAGGUUAGAGGGACCUCACAGAGAAGAGGCUUAAGGGAGAUGGUUACAGAGCUGGAGAAACCAGUGAGAAGCCAGAUGCUGAGCUGCCACAAGUGACUCCCUCAUCACUACAUCUGCUGGUCAUCACCUCCUGGUGUCCCACGGGUAGCUUGCACUGUCCAAAACCGAGGCUCAUCAUCGUCCCUUGGAAUCUCACUCUUCUCUGAACACUUUCAUUUCUGCUAAGGGCAUCAUCGUCUGCCCAGUCAUGCAGGAUGCCAGCAAUGGAGCCAUCUCCUCUUCCCCCACAUCCUCUUCAUCCAGUCAUUUACCAAAUUUUAUCUUUCACAACAAUCUUGUAUUGCUCCCCUUCUCCCCAUGGGCACUGCCUCUGCCCUUGUUCAGGUCAGGUCCUCACCCUCUCUCCUGUAGCCUCCACAGUGGUCUCUCUGCCUCCCAGGAUUCUCCCUCCACCCUGUCCUCCACAGAGCUUUGAGAUACACACUCCUCUGCCCAGGGAGCUUCCAUGACUGUUGUAUUGAGCAACAAACACGAGGCUCCUCUGGCAUCCUCUGGAUGGCUCCAGCCUUUUGUCUGGACUGAUUCACAUCACUCUCCAUGACACCCUGGACUUUCCAGGUGCACUGGCCUACUGGCCCUGGCACCUUUGUACAGACUGUCUCCCAUACCUAAAUGCCAUCAUCCCUCCUCCCCUGCUGUUUGGUGUCCCUCAUUGUAUUCCAGGCCCACUCGGACAUCACUUCCUAUUCAGUGCCUUCUCCCCAAGGUUAGGACUCCCCUUCCACCAAAAAAAGACGAAGUCAUACUUACUUUGAAUGUAUGUUGUGUUGACUUCUUACUACGCCCCUCCCCCAGUAGACUCCAAAAGCUCCUUGAGAGUAGGGACCCUUUUUUUUUCAUUUUGCCUUUGUAUCCCUACCAUAUCUAGCACAAUAAUAAAUGCUUGUUGAAGCUUGCUCCCAGAAAAGAGUUGACAAAAUGUACCUUCUCCCUUUCUUCAUAAAGGUAGGGGAAUAAGAGGUGUGGAAGACUGUACAUAAUAUCCAACUCAGUCGAUCGAGUAUUGCUAAACUUUUUUUCUCAUUUUUUUUAUUCUUCGGUAUAAGGAACUGCUUGCUGGGUAGGGGAGGACAUCAAUAAAAGUUUU